AUGGUUCCGGUUACUUUUGCUUUAAUUUUUCUUCUGUACAAACGCGUUCUAACCGAAGUUUGCAUCAAAUCUGUUUUUUUACAUUCGUUGGAGCCGCUGAAUCCAUCCAGCAAGCUAUUCUGCGUAGUUCGCAGAAACGUCAGUUUAACAACGGUUUCUGUUAAAGAAAACGUGCUCGGUGUUUCGAAUAACGCGUUUAUCACAUCAAGUCGUUUUGAGAAAUAUGUCCCAGCGCGAUAUACUCCUGUUUCUUCAUCACAGGUUGGUACAAUCGAAAUCUUGGACGACGACAAUGAUCAAGCAGUGGUGGCAUUUCAGUAUCCAGUUUCAGUGCUAUCGGAUCAGUGCAGCGGUACUGCACCACUUUCUUAUUCCGAAAAUAUUAGCACGAUUUGUUAUCCGUCAUGGCCUUCAUUCGACGAAGUUCAGUGUAAAAAGUUAAAAUACCUCAACGCCAGUUAUUACUUGCACAAAUAUAUCAUUCAGAAAGACGGAAACAAGACAGUUGUUGCAAUGGAAGCUACACCGGAAACAAAUCCCUCAAUCCGUUGGUCGAGGUGGGAUGGAACAGCAUGUACAAAUGCAGUGAUAAAAGUAAUGAAUCUUGACAGUUUUCAAGUAACUUUGUAA